AUGCAAGACUACUAUGAACAACAUGAUUUUCCAAAGGCGACCGUACAGCUUUCUUUUGUUGGCACCAUUGCAAACAUAUGUUUAAAUUGCUUAGGCCCGGUGGCACAGUUGAUGCUUGCUUUGUUACACAUCCGAGUCGUUCUAUUUAUUGCAGUGAUCUUAUGCGUGCUUGGUUUGGAAGGUGCAAGCUGGGGUAGUGAGAUUUGGAUUCUAUACGUUACACAGGGUGUCCUUUAUGGUGCAGGUGCUUCCAUCAUGUUUUAUGUGGCCAUGAGUGUGGUGCCUGAAUGGUUUGAAGCACGACGUGGCCUUGCAUUGGGUCUUGCAUCAUCGGGUUCAAGCAUUGGUUCCUUUAUCAUGCCAUUGAUUAUGACGUCGCUCAAUCAAAGUCUCGGUGCGCCAUGGUGUUAUCGGAUUCUCGGUCUGAUCAUGCUGGUUUCUGGAUUGGUUGCUACAUUCAUGUUUCGUGAACGUGGAGAGAACAAGGCAAGGAAAACAGCUACAGCUACAAAGGAACGACCCAAAUUAGGAGAGAUCUUUCAACUUGACUUGCUGAAAACGCCCACUUUUUUACUCUGGUGCCUCACCGAUAUCUUCAUGGAAGGCGCAUACUAUGUCCCAUUCUUUUAUUUGCCAUCAUAUGCAACCUAUCUUGGAUUAUCAUCAACACAAGGUUCGGCAUUGAUCUCAGGUGCAUCGGCAAUGAAUCUUGUGGGGCGUUUGGCUGCUGGAUUCAUAGCUGAUCGCAUUGGGCACGUGAAUACGGUUAUCCUUUAUGGGUUAGCUAGCUCGAUCACUUGUUUCCUCGGAUGGACCUUUGCUACGCAAUUUGGAUCGUUACUUGCAUACUCAUUGCUAUUUGGUUUCUUUGGUGGUGCCUUCAUCUCACUUACUCCAGCGGUGACAGCAGUGGUGACAGGAAUGGAUCGAUUGCAAUCAGGAUUGUCAGCGUUUUUACUUAUUACGGCGAUUUCCAUGUUUGGGCCAAAUGCUUCGGGUGCGAUUGAACAGCAAGUACCAGGGACACCUUUUUUCAGCCACAAGAUGUUUGCUGGUGCAGGAUACCUUUCCGGGACUACAACGCUUAUAGUACUCAAGUGGAUAAUUUCAAAGGGACAUUUGCUUUCAAGAUUGUAA